CGAUAUCAGCAGCCCACAGGUCCUUCCAAACUGAGCGAUUGGCAAUUGCUUAUCGGAGUGGCGUCGUCGCCAGUCUCAGCAACGGCGACCUAGAUACACAAUGAUGGGCCAUCCAUCUCCUGACCGAAACGCGUCGCAUCCCCAAACGAAGAUCGUGGCCGAAUUCGUGGUGGCCGGCUCACGGAUCUGCAGGGUCUCUGCUCUGCAGUGGGGCGCGGAUUGGCGGAGCAAUCUCAUGGCCCCCAAGUCCCUCUGCGUACUAUGUACAUUCUUGGACGCCUUGUCGCAUUAGUCCACGCCGACCGACAAGCCUGGUACUGUCGUGUACCUCGAAGCACGUGCCUGUGGCUUAGUGGUCUCUGAGAAGUUACAGCAAGUCUAUGAGACCUGAACGAGG